ACACAAUGCAGUUGCUUCAACUACCCAAAGCACGGGCACCCUUGAGACCGCCAAAGUGACUUCGUUUUGGGGGACAAUGCCUGAUCUUAUUGGUGACUACAAAACGGCGUCGCUCUGGGAACAAAUUUCAGAACAGUUACUCGUGGCAAUGCAUUGUGUGACGUCGACAGCUUCAGAGGAAAUGGCUUCGUCUUCAUCUGAACCUAAUUUGAAAGCCGAAGGCGGCGGUGCUAGUAGCAGCGGCUGUGCCGCCGGCGCCGGCGGCGGAGGAGGAGAGACUUCCGAAGCUGGAGCAGGGAACGAUCAGCUUCUACUGUACAGAGGACUGAAGAAAGCGAAGAAAGAGAGAGGGUGUACGGCCAAAGAGAGGAUCAGCAAAAUGCCUCCCUGUGCUGCCGGUAAGCGCAGCUCCAAGUACCGUGGCGUCACCAGGCACAGGUGGACUGGUCGGUAUGAAGCUCACCUCUGGGAUAAGAGUACCUGGAACCAAAAUCAGAAUAAGAAGGGAAAGCAAGGUGCAUAUGAUGAUGAGGAGGCUGCAGCUAGAGCAUAUGAUCUUGCUGCCUUAAAAUAUUGGGGCCCUGGAACACUAAUUAAUUUUCCGGUUACUGAUUAUGCAAGAGAUCUUGAAGAGAUGCAGAAUAUGUCGAGAGAGGAAUACCUUGCCUCUCUUCGAAGAAAGAGCAGCGGUUUCUCAAGAGGAAUCUCCAAAUAUCGUGGACUUUCCAGUAGAUGGGAACCGUCGCUUGGUCGUAUUGGUGGAACUGAGUACUUCAAUAGCAUACAUUAUGGCGAUGAUGCAGUCACAGAGAGUGAAUAUAUAGGCGGUUUCUGUAUUGACAGAAAAAUUGAUCUGACAAAUUAUUUCAAGUGGUGGGGCACGAACAAAUCCCGCCAAGCAGAUUCUGUCAUGAAAUCAUCUGAAGAAACAAAACAUGGUUGUUCUGAAGACGUUGGCAGUGAACUUAAAUCAUUGGAAUGGACAGUUCAGCCGACUGAACCAUACCAGAUGCCUCGUUUGGGCACAUCCCAUGAAGGAAAUAGGCAUAAAAGGUCUACGGCUUCUGCCUUGAGCAUCUUGUCGCAUUCUGCUGCCUACAAGAGUUUGCAAGAGAGAGCAUCCAAAACGCAGGAAAAGAACACUGAUAAUGAUGAGAAUGAAAACAAAAACAAUGUCAGCAAAAUAGAUUAUGGAAAGGCAGUUGAGAAAUCAACAAGCCAUGAUUGUGGAAGUGACAGACUUGGGGUUGCAUUGGGAAUGGGUGGGGGACUGCCUAUUCAAAGAAAUAUGCUCCCAUUGGCUCCCUUCUUGUCUGCACCGCUUCUGACCAACUACAAUACUGUUGAUCCCUUGACUGAUCCUAUUCUUUGGUCGUCUCUUGUUCCCGUUCUCCCAACUGGACUUGGUCGUACAGCCGAGGUUACAAAGACUGAAACCAGCUCAACUUAUCCGUUCUUUAGACAGGGGGAAUGACAACAUUUCAUCCUUUAUUGUUCAACGACUUAGCUAGACAGCAGUUCCUUGCUUGGGUUCCAGCGUGGUUGUGCCUCCUAUGUACGGAAGGCAAGAAAGAAUUCAACACCACCAGAGUUCGUCUUGGAAAUGAGACACUUCUCCUUGCGCAUGCGUGCUGUUGUGAUGUAAGGGUUUAAGAAAUUAGGAUGCACAGAAAUGUAUAUGCAAAUUUAGAACACAUAAAGGGAAAUUUCUUUUAUUUAUUUAGAUAUAGCUGGUAUUAAGUAGCACGUAUACUAGGUUACACUGCAGAGUUGUAUGAAGUGGAAUUCUUUUCUUUUGUUAAAGAGAGGAAUUUUUAUUUUUAUCUUUUGGCUAUCUUGUAACUUACAUGUUGAGUUGAUGACAAAUUCUGUGAAACUUAUGGCUUUCACAUAGAGGAAAUGGGCACGUUAUCUUUGGUUC